CAUCGGUUUUAGUUUCGGUUUCGGUUGACGCUGUCGCCGCUGCGCGCAGCAUUCAAAUUGGAUUUUAAUACACGGCCGAGCGUUCACGCGAGCGGAUUCACUUUUCGUAUGCGUUUUCAUACGCCGCUCAGCAAUCCACAGUCCACAAUCAACAGUCAACAAUCAACAAUCAACAAUUCGAUAUUCGCGACAUUUGCUUUUGAGUAUUGCACGCGUUCGCGAUUGCGUAUACGUCGCGUUGUUCCCCGCCUGUUCGCCUCUCUGUUUGUCGACGUUGGCGUCGCUCUCGUUAAAGCAUCGCAUUGUUUGGACCUGGACUCGGCCAAUCGCUGAUGUACCCUCACCCAAGCAGCGGCGCAUUGUGGGUGGCCAGCACAUUGCUCGCCCUUGCCCUGCGCAUCACAGCCAGCAGCGCUGAGUCUCAGUCUCAGCCGCCUCAGCCGGCGCAGCUGGCUUGCGAUAUACCCAACGAAACAAAGCGUGGCGUUUGUGUACAGGUGAGCCAGUGCGCCGCCUAUUUACAGGUGCGCAAUGUGACGAAUUUGAGCUCGGAGCGCGUCAACUUUCUGAAGAAGGUGCAAUGCGAAAUGGAGACAACAGUGAAUGCAACGGCAAUAGCAACGGUAAAUGCAACGGACACAGCAAAUAUAACAGCAACUGCUGCUGCUCUUACGAUAGAGGAUGCUUCGUAUAAUCCACUCGUAUGUUGCCCAGCCAAUGGCCAGGACUAUCUCUAUCCGGUUAUACAAUUCACCAAGUUUGAGUAUCGUCGCUUUCUGGAUGUAACCGCGCGCUUCAAGCGGAAGAAGUUGAAGAGACGCAUUCAAACCGUGGAGCCCAGCACGGGCUUCAAUCUGCUCAACGAGUGUGGCAAGCAGGUUACGAAUCGCAUCUAUGGUGGGGAAAUUGCUGAACUGGACGAAUAUCCAUGGCUGGCAUUGCUGGUCUAUCAUUCAAAUGACUACGGUUGUAGUGGAGCUCUGAUUGACGAUCGACAUGUUCUGACAGCUGCGCAUUGCGUUCAGGGCGAGGGUGUGCGGGAACGUCGCGGCUUGAAACACGUGCGUUUGGGGGAGUUCAAUGUCAAGACGGAGCCGGAUUGCAUUGAGGAGCCCAAUUACUUGAGCUGUGCGGAUGCGGCACUGGAUAUUGGCUAUGAGCACAUUCAUGUGCAUCCGGAGUACAAGGAGUACUCGAGUCACAAGUACAAUGACAUUGCCAUAAUCCGACUGAAGCAUCCGGUUAGCUUCACGCACUUCAUCAUGCCCAUCUGUCUGCCCAACAAGACUGUUCAGACACCACUGACCGAGGGGCAAAUGUUCUCCGUCUCCGGCUGGGGACGCACCGAUCUCUUCAACAAGUAUUUCAUUAAUACGCACAGCCCGAUCAAACUGAAGCUGCGCAUACCCUAUGUGUCCAGCGAAAACUGCAGCAAGAUGCUGGAUCUCUAUGGUGUGCGACUGGGUCCUAAGCAACUCUGCGCCGGCGGCGAGAAGGCAAAAGACACCUGUGCCGGUGACAGCGGAGGUCCGCUCAUGUUCUUCGAUCGCCAACACUCGCGCUGGGUGGCUUACGGCAUUGUAAGCUACGGAUUCACGCAAUGCGGCUCCGGACCGGGCGUCUAUACAUCUGUCCUAAGCUAUAUUAACUGGAUUGAGAGCAUAAUCAAGAAAUAGAGAGGGAGUGGAAGAGGGAGCAUAGAGGGGAGGAGGGAGCUUCUCUCUGAGGUGGUAUUGUGAGAGGGGGAGGGAUAGAUAGAAUGUUUUAUUGACGUCAAAUUCUGUUUAAAGCCAAUUUCAAUAGAGCAAAAAUUGAAAUCUGAACCUCAUUAAGCUAUAAGAGGGAG